AUGGCUGCCAAAAUUGAAGUCCCUCAACUGACCCGAUGGGAGGUGCGGAUCUCGUGGGCACAAGCUAUGCGGCAGCUCUAUGCGCAGCCCUCGAAUGGGUUCAUUACUGAGAGGGCAUUUGACACAGGACCGUUGAUCAGUCCGGUGGAUCUGCAUAAAAAUAUUUCUGCUGUAAAUCGAGAUCAAAAUGUGUCAUCCAAAUCUCGAGAAACUGUACAGAAAGGUAUACAUGAUGCAAGGGCCAUUAUCAACGGAAAGGACGACCGCCUUCUGGUAAUCGUAGGGCCAUGCUCGAUUCACGAUCCAGAUGCCGCUCUUGAAUACGGCAAAAACCUUCGUGAGGUUGCAAAUCGCCUAGAGCCAUAUCUCUGCAUUAUAAUGCGCGCAUAUGUUGAGAAACCACGUUCAACCAUCGGAUGGAAAGGUCUUGCCCAUGAUCCGGACCUCGAUGGUUCCGCUAGACUCAAUGAAGGCCUUGUCCAAUCCCGACAACUUUACGCAGAUUUAACAGAGCUAGGAUUGCCUGUUGCGAGCGAGCUACUUGACUUGGUAACCCCGGCUUCUUUGGUGGAUUUGAUAUCUAUUGGUGCUAUUGGUGCUCGUACUACUGAGUCUCAACCGCACCGGGAACUUGCAUCCGCAAUGCCCUUCCCAGUAGGCUUUAAGAACAGCCCAGAUGGGAACGUGGUAGCCGCUUUGAACGGGCUCCGUGCUGCUCGAGUGCCUCAUAUCUUCCGUGCCAUGACUCUUCACGGUGCUCGGCGAGUUGAAUCGCGAGGUAACACAGACUGUUUUGUUAUUCUUCGCGGUGGUGAUAGCGGCCCCAACUAUGACCAAGCCGCUGUUCAAAAGACACAUAGGCAGCUAGCCACUGCACACGGCCCACAACACCCUGGCAUUGUGAUCGACUGUUCACACGGGAAUUCCAGGAAGGAUUUCCGGCGUCAGCAGGAAGUGGUGAACGCAGUUGGGAGACAAAUCGCUAGUGGUGAGAACAGUCUGGUUGGAGUGAUGAUCGAGUCCAACAUGCAUGAGGGUCGACAGGACAUACCGCUUGAAGGCCCUGCCGGUCUUCGACGAGGUGUCAGCAUUACAGACGGUUGUCUGGGCUGGGAUGACACCGUCACUUGUCUCCAAACUCUGGCUGAUGCGGUCCUGUUUCGUCGAGAAAUCAAGAUGUAUUGCUAA